CCCCACCCACAAUUAUCUUCAGUGAUGAAUUUGAAUUCAACCAUAGACGAAAGGUCUAUCCAGUCUGUUUGGCCUUCGUAAUGAUUAUUAUAUUCAUCGUGUGAACAUAACUGACAUAAGUUGCUUUGUAUUGCUUUUUAUGGUUGAAAUCGGUGGUUUCUUCGUGUACUGAUACACGAAACUCUGACGCCAGGCGCGAAAUUCUGGAUCCAGUAAAUGCCAUUUUACUUGAUAUGUACGAGGAAGUUGAAGAGAACCGUUGUCCAGUGCAGUUCGUGUUUUUACGGGAAAUCCGAUGUUUUUGAACGCGACAUAAAGAGCUAUGGUUUAAAGACUGGGAAGGACGCUAAAAAGAAAAUGGACAUCGAUCGACUGUAGCCCAGCUGUCUCUGUCAGACUGGCUGGCAUUUAGCGAAGGAACUUUGGGGAAAGAGGUGGAAAGGCCACAGCUCAGAGUCAUGGAGGCCCGGUUUGGCAACAUGGUGUUCAGCUCCAGCUUCGACUCAGGGAACCUGGCACGUGUGGAGAAGGUCGACAGGAGCAAUUUGUGUCCUCCUGUUGAUGCGCCCUCUGCUGGGAGUGCCCCGUCAGGGCCCAGCAUCACCCCUGACUACGAGUUCAAUGUAUGGACACAGCCAGAUUGUGCUGGAACAGAAAAUGAAAAUGGAAACAGGUCAUGGUUCUACUUCAGCGUGCGGGGUGCAGUGCCCGGGAAGAUACUGAAGAUCAAUGUGAUGAACAUGAACAAACAGAGUAAGCUCUACAGCCAGGGCAUGGCUCCCCUGGUACGCACACUACCUGGCAAAACCCGCUGGGAGAGGGUCCGGGACAGACCCACCUUUGAGAUGGUGGAUAACCAGUUCAUCCUGUCGUUCACCCACCGGUUGUUGGAGGUGCGAGGGGCGACCACCUUCUUCUCCUUCUGCUACCCUUUCUCCUACAGCGAGAGCCAGGAGAUGCUGCAACAGCUGGACCAGAGUUAUCCCAACGCUGCUCAGCUCAGUCCUAGCAGUCCUCCAGGCAGUGUGUAUUACCACAGGGAGCUUCUGUGCCACUCUCUGGAUGGGAACAGGGUAGACCUGCUUACUGUGACCAACUGCGGUGGGAUGCAGGAGGAGAGAGAGCCUCGCCUGUCCAAGCUGUUCCCCGACACCAACACCCCCCGACCACACCGCUUCUCCAGCAAAAGGGUGUUUUUCCUCAGUAGCCGAGUGCACCCUGGGGAGACUCCCUCAGCCUUUGUGUUUAAUGGCUUCCUCAACUUCAUCUUGAGAAAAGACGACCCGCGAGCUCACGCACUUAGAAACAUGUUUGUCUUCAAGCUCAUUCCAAUGCUCAACCCAGAUGGGGUGGUCCGUGGGCACUAUAGGACUGAUUCCAGGGGUGUCAACUUGAACAGACAGUACUUGAACCCCAGUCCUGAGCUGCACCCUUCCAUCUAUGCAGCCAAAACACUGUUGCUCUACCACCACACGCACAACCGCCUGCACAACACAGUGCAGAGCAGCCCCAUACACACAUCAACCAUUCCCCUCAACUCCAAACCCACCAAUCAGCACCAAGGUCUCCCACUCACUGCCAUGGAAGUCAGCCUGAACCAACGAAACACAGAGAAGGAUGCUGAUCCCGCCCAGCCGGAUGUUCCAAUGGUAACAGAGGAGAACGCCUGGACCACCUCGGAAAUGGGGAAGGGCGACCAGAACAGUUCGUCAAGCUCCUCAGAGACGGUGGCCCCAGCUACUGUAGAGGAGUCAGUCACACAAGAGGAGGAGCAGGAGCCCGUCCCGCCCCAAGAGGGAGGCGUGGCCUAUUAUGUGGACUUGCAUGGCCAUGCCUCCAAACGGGGAUGCUUCAUGUACGGAAACAGCCUUUCUGACGAGAGCCAGCAGGUAGAGAACAUGUUGUACCCAAGGCUUAUCGCCGUGAACUCUGCCCACUUUGAUUUCCUGGGCUGUAACUUCUCCGAGAAGAACAUGUAUGCCAGAGACAAAAGGGAUGGCCAAUCUAAAGAGGGCAGCGGACGGGUGGCCAUUCACAAAGCUAUAGGGCUGCUGCACAGCUACACUUUGGAGUGCAACUACAACACAGGAAGAACAAUGAACACCAUUCCACCUGCCUGCCACGACAAUGGACGGGCAACACCCCCGCCACCCCCAUCAUUCCCCCCAAAAUAUACUCCAGAAAUAUUUGAACAGGUGGGACGCGCGGUGGCCAUCUCGGCCCUGGACAUGGCGGAGUGUAACCCCUGGCCACGGCUGGUGCUGUCAGAGCACAGCUGCCUGACGAACCUCCGUGCUUGGAUCCUCAAGCACGUCCGCAACACCAAAGGCCUGUCCACGCACAUCCACGCUCAUGCUCCGCCGCGGAUAACCCACAGCUGCAGCAAGGCCUCACCUCCAAAGAGCUUCAACAACUCUCUGUCCAGCUCGGCGUCGGAGAACACCCUGAGUCGUGUCCGCUCCAACAGCCACAGUAGCAGCAGCCAGACGCCGUCGCCCAAGAUUCACACCUCGCCCAGCUUCACUUUCGGCUGCCCUCCGGCCCGAACGCACGCACAGCACAACACACACACUGGCGUCCGUGGAGGCAACAAGACACUUGGCCCAGUCAGGGAUGGUAAGCCUCAGGAGAAGAGACGCACCCCCCACCACCGCUCCGUCCUCCGAUCUCCCAGCAACAGCCACACACCCGCCCGCCCCCCACUCUCACCCCCUUCCUCCUCCUCGUCCUCGUCCUCCUCAGUGUGCGCAGCGGGCUCCUGUCCGCUCCCGGCCUCCGUCAGCAUGACAGGCCUCAGCUGCCCAGACUUUCAGGCUGGUGGACCCAGUUCACUGGGUCGAUCUAAGAGGCCUUUCCCCAUGCGGCCUGCGCGAGGUGGGAGAGUGGGACGGUCUCUUACCUUCACUCAUCACCCUACAGAGGCAUCCACAGAGACUGCUAGAAAUAUGGGGCCCGAUCACAUCCUUUCCUCCAUCGAAUUCAGCAAGUGUGAGCUGCAGCCUCGGAUAAGCCGCAUUCCCAUCCGUAGGGUGGGGUCAACUGAAACACCACCCACAAGUGACACUAACACCUCCCCCUCUAGUCAUAACCCCACCAUUUCUGGAGUCAAGGAGGAAUCAGCCACCAUGAGGGUGUGGAAACUUAUCAAACCUGGCCUCCGCCGACACCUGUCACUGUCAGGUUUAUCUGGAAAAGAAGGCCCCAUACAGCUAGCCUCCAAAGCACUGAUGAAGGGCACAGACAGGAGUUUUCUAUAUAGAGGAGAUGCUAUCAUGGAAACUGCGCCAGAGACAGAGGAAAAAACACAACAGGAUGAGGGAAAUCCAGUGAUCUCGCUGUCUGAACCUGUGAAUGGAUGAGACAGCGACCCUGUGUGGAGAGGCUGAGGAACCGCAUCUGUCCUUUCAGAUUCACUGAUGCCUAUAUGCCUGCUUUUGGCUGCUUACUACCAGGCAAAAUGACCAUAUCAUGAUUAAAACCGUUUAAAACUAAAAAAACAAAUAUCAAGAAAAUGAGGACAGGAUGUUGCUGUAACAAGAGGCAACUUUAAGAGCAUGGUACAUGUGCAAUGGGGUUUUUUUAACUUUUAUUUAUCCAGGCAGGGCUUCCUGAAUAUGCUUUGUUUGAGCAGAGUCCUGCUUUAAAUUUUUAUCUGUCAGCUACCCAGUGCAGUCUGUCUUCUACAGCUCCACUGGAGCAGCUGGGGGUGAAGUAAGUGCCUUGCUCCACACCACCACAGUGGUACCUGUUUAGGGUAGGUAGGAGGCACACAUUCACUUUCCCUAUCCAGAAUAUCCAGACUGAUCAACAGACUUGAAAUAUAGGGCCCUCCUGGUCGCAAGCCUUUAACAUUAUGGCUACAGUCACCAACAUUGUACCUCUUGUUUGUGCUCUUGUAAGUUUUGAAGUUCCCUCUUUGGAAGUUGUUUCAAAUGCACUGUGACCUAUACUGUUUUGCACUGUUAAGUACCUAUUAUUCCGGAUGGACACUCACACCGAGAGCACAGACCUUUACUCAUAGCGGUAAGCACGGCAGCACCUUCAAAACUUUGUCUUUUUAAACUGUGACAUUUUCUUUUUAAAGUGUGGCAUUUAAAAAAAAAGGGAGUGAAUUGUUUAUUUCCUGUGUUUCCUCCAGUGUGGCAAGAAAUUUUGUUUAUCAAAUUAUAUACCUCCACUUUCCCUAUCACACAUUCCUUUGAAGCUUUAUGGCUCAAGAGCACACUUAUCAUAGUAAUAGAUCCUUUAUAAUAAGACAAAUACUAUUUUAUGUAAGGAAAAGUGUGUUGCAAGCUUCUUCUUGUGCCCAUUUUAAUGUGAUACUCAUAUCUUCAACACAAUGACAAGUGGACCAGUCUUUACCAAAUUAAUGAUCUUGUGACUGACAUAAUUAUGUGUUUGAACUUGAAAUAAAUUUUCUGAUGUGACUGUA